AGGCUGGUGCUGGUGCUGCUCGCCUGCACGGCUCCGUGCCACCCGGCAGGCGGCCAGGCAGUGAGGGGGCCCGGCACCGUGCGUGGACACCUGGGGGGGUCCCUCUUGGUGUCCUGCACGUACCGGCACAGCUACGAGACCAACCCGAAGUUCUGGUGCCAUCCGGGAACGAUUAGGAGCUGUGCUUUUGACACCCACAUCAUCGCCACCUCGGAGGAGGAGCCCUGGGUGCAGCGGGGCCGGUUCUCCAUCUGGGACAAUCGCACCCAGCGGGUGUUCACCGUGACCGUACAGAACCUGAAGGCAGAGGACGCGGGCACCUACCGCUGCGGGGUGCGAAAGCCCAUGUUUCACAUCGAUGACAGCGAUGAGGUGCGGGUGAUCGUGUCCCCAGCUCCCACACCCACAGCAUCGCCCCCCACCUCGGCCACUCCGCCUGGAUCCACCUCGGGCCCUACACAGCCACCUACCCAGCAGGAAGGGAUGCAGGGGACAGCCAGCCCCUCUUCCGACCUGGACCACAGCCUGGACAUAGCUCUGGUCAUCCUCACUCCCUGCAUCGCAGUGGUUCUGUUUCUGCUCGCCGUUGCUGCCGGGGUUUUGGUCGUACUGUCCAGGAAGAGGAAGCAGGCCUUCUCAGGAGCAGCUGUCGAGAUGGACAGGAUCCGUGGCACGCCGAACCCAGGAGCGGACGUGCUGCACUACGCGGAUAUUGACCACCCGGCCGGCGCGGGCGAGAGCCAGCCCUACGGCAACGUGGAGGCUUUCCGCCCCUCGGCAAACGCAGCCACCGAUUACACGGAGGUCAAGAGGCCCAGCCAGAAUUUGGAGGAGAAAAAGGAGCCCACUUACGCCCCGGUGCGCAAAUCCCAGCUGGAGGAGCAGGAGCUGCUCUACGCCAACGUGCCUCCAGCCCAGCAGCACGCGAAGCCAUGA